AUGAGCGUCAUCGAAAUCUUGACAAGAGUAGAGGCGAUCUGCCAGAAGUACGACAGAUAUGACGUCGAAAAGCAGAAGGAUCUCAACGUCUCCGGCGACGAUGCCUUUGCUCGCCUCUACGCCUCCGUAGACGCCGACAUUGAAGCCCUUCUUCAGAAAGCGGAAAUUGCUUCGAAAGAGAAAAAUAAGGCAUCUGCUGUUGCGCUGAAUGCUGAGAUUCGGAGGACCAAGGCUCGAUUGCUUGAGGAGGUUCCCAAGUUGCAGAGAUUGGCUGUAAAGAAGGUGAAAGGGCUUUCAACCCAAGAUUUUGCUGCUCGUAAUGACUUGGUCCAUGCAUUGCCAGAUAGGAUCCAGGAUAUACCAGAUGGGACUCCUGCUGCACCCAAACAAACUGGAGGCGGCUGGGCAGCUUCAGCUUCUCGUACUGAAAUCAAAUUUGAUUCGGAGGGGCGGUUGGAUAAUGAAUUCUUCCAACAAUCUGAGGAGUCGAGUCAAUUCAGGCAAGAGUUUGAAAUGCGGAAAGUGAAGCAGGAUCAAGGUUUGGAUAUGAUAUCAGACGGUUUAGAUACAUUGAAAAAUAUGGCUCAGGAUAUGAAUGAGGAAUUUGAUAGGCAAGUUCCUUUGAUGGAUGAGAUUGACUCUAAGGUGGACAAGGCAUCUGCUGACCUUAAGAAUACCAAUGUCAGACUGAAAGACACAGUCAACCAGUGUACUGAAGAAGUGAGGUGGCAUAAAGAGCGGUUUGACCAGUUCCAAGAGUUGUUGGCUUGUCCGGUAUUGUUUUGCAUUUUGAGGACUCAGUUUGGUGCUUGA